UGGAAGUAAGCCACUUAAGCGCUUGCAUUCUGAGACUUACAAUGGCAGACUCAGUGAAGAAAUCCCCAAUUUCCACUGGAAAUUUUGAAAAUAUAACUUUAUUUGCAGCAUGGUGACAAAAUUCUAUCAGCAUACCCUGGCCUUGGCAUUUGCUGUAAAAGAAAUCAACAAGAAUCAAAAGAUCUUGCCUAAUCUCACCCUUGGAUUCCACAUCUAUGAUAGUUAUUAUGAUGCAAGGAUGACCUACCGGACUACUCUGGACCUACUUUUCAAAUCACGUAGAUUUGUCCCCAACUAUAUAUGUGACACUCAAAAAAACCUCAUAGCCAUCAUUGGGGGCCUUAGCUCUGUUACCUCCUUCUUUAUUGCCGAUACUAUAGGCCUCUACAAAAUUCCACAGGUAGGAACUAUGAAUGGGGGAGGUAUGUGGAUUUUCAUAAUUUACAUUCUUCCUUUGCCAAUAAGGCUGUCACUGAGGCUUCCUAGGAAGAAAACUAUGAAACAUCAAUAUUGCAGCCAGAUUACUGGAUGGGGUUCCAUUUAGAAUAUUCAUUUUAAUAGUAGUAGUAGUAGUAGUAGUAGCAGUAGUAAUGAAGCUAUACUUACAAGCUAUGCUAGAUUCCCAGAAAUCAUAGGCAGAAUGAAGGAAAAUUAUCAGAAAAUAAUAAUAAUAAUAAUAAAAGAACAACAAUAAUAAUUCACAAUAACUAUAGAACAUUAAGCUUGAAAAGUCCUCGGAUUGAACUGUCCUAAACCCUUAUCUUUGUUGAAUGAAAAGGCACAUACUCAAAAUUAAGUUUUAUCCUGACAUAAAUCUAUCAUUUCUGUCCAUUUCUUUUUAGCUCACAUAUGGAUCUUUUCCUCCUGAGGAGAGUGAUGCAGAUCAGUUCCUUUCUUUUUACAACAUGGUACCCAAUGACAGCCAACAGUAUAUGGGGAUCAUCAACUUACUAAACCAUUUUGGAUGGACAUGGGUUGGACUUUUUGUUGCAGAGGGUCAUGGUGGAGAAAAAUUCUUGCAGACCCUGGAACCAUUGCUUUCCGAGCAUGGAAUCUGUUCAGCCUUCAUCCAAAAAGUACCACGAAUAGGUCAUAUAGAUAACCUGAGUGAUACAUUUGGUUUGUUCUCGGAUUUUAAUUUGUCUUUAACAGAUGAUAAAGUCAGUGCAUGUAUACUCUUUGGAGAAUCGUUGACCAUUAUAUGGAUGAGAGGUAUUAUAUUUCUACGAGAUUUUGAAAAUAAGGAAGGUUCAUCAUUUAGGAAGGUAUGGAUCAUAACAACCCAGAUUGAUUUCAUAUUAAAGGAUCUUGAGCUCUUUCAAGGUGCAAUUUCUUUCACAAUUCACUCAAAAGAGGUUCUAAAAUUCAAUGAAUUUCUUCGGAAUUUAAAACCUGAUAAAACAGAAGGAGAUGGUUUUCUGCAAGAGUUCUGGGAGGAAGCAUUUGACUGUACAUUCCCAAACUCCAGUGUGCCAGUGGAAGGCAAUGAACCAUGUACUGGGGAAGAGAGGCUGGAGAGCCUUCCUGCCCCUCAGUUUGAGAUAGGCAUGACUGGCCACAGCUACAGUAUCUACAAUGCUGUCUAUGUUGUGGCUCAUGCUUUGCAUGCCAUGUACUCAAGCAGAUUGAAGCAGAAAGCAAUGGUCCGGGAUAAGAAAUUUGAACUUCAAGACCAGCAGUCUUUGGAGGUAAUGUGUUGAAAUCAAAAUCUUCUUUAUCCAAUGUAUUGAAUAGUCUAAGGUGGGGCUGCAUCCAAUUUAUCCUCCACAAGUAUCUGAUGAAAUGGGAUUAUUCAUCUUAUUCAUUGACAAACUUAGAAUCAUAGAAUAGUACAGUUGGAAGGGAUCCCAAGGUUCAGUCCACUCCCUGCAAUGCAGAGAUGUAUGUUGUGUAUGUUCACAUCAUCUCAUGUACAUUUUGCUUGAAAUUGCCAUCUGUUUAGGGAACAAGAGCUAAUUUCCCACACAUAGGGAGCAAUCCAAACCCAAUAUCUGCUGGGAUAAGGGCAGAUACAAUGCUGUAUUCUCUCCAUCCCAUGUUAUCUUUGCCUUAGCUGGCUGAGCCAAGGGUAUGAUAGGUUAUAAAAGAGGGGUCUUGCUGAGGUGGUGCAAGACAGGGUCAGAAUUAUCCCCACUGAAAAACCCUUUCAGUUCAUUCACAUGACCCACAAACCCGGCAGAACCUACACUGGGGGGAAAUGGUGGUAUAAGUCAAAUUUUGUUGUAAAGCAGUUUUGCGGUAUUUAUAUUCGUUAAACUUAAAUAGGUAUGAAUUAUGUUGGUUUCCUAUUGUUUAGAUUACUUUAUAAUACCUAAACCAUAUUUGAAAACGAGGGACUUUCUAAAUCACUGCCUUAUGUUUUGAUCAUAUAUCAAUUUUAACCCAUUUAUGGCUUGUUGUUAUGAUUCAAUUAGCUCCACUCUUAUCUUCCUGAGAUUACGUUCAACAACUCUGUCGGAGAAACCAUGAGCUUCAAUGGGAAUAAGCAAAUGGGGGGUGCAUUUGACAUCACGAACAUAGUUACAUUCCCCAACAAGUCCUUCCUUCGAGUGAAAGUUGGACAGGUGGAUGACGAUGCUCUUGAAUCAAGAAAAAUUAUCAUUCAGGAGGACAUGAUAACAUGGCACAAGGGUUUUAACCAGGUAUGGAUCCAGGGGUAUUACUGUGGGCCCUGCUCUCUCUCUCUAUUCCAUUGAACAGAAUCCAAAGCUCAUUUGUAUAUCAAAACGCUUGAUAUGCAAAGCCCUCAGGUUCAAUCCUCUGCAUUUCCAAGUAGGAAUUGAAAAUAUCCCUGGCCUGUAAUAAUAAAGAGCCAUAUAAAUCAAUGAUUAGGCCUCUAAGAUUAUAUUUAAAGUUCCUGGGAUGUGUUGAUUUCAAGUUCACAAGCAAAAAUAAAACAAGGAAAUUAAAUAAUUUGCAAUUUAAAAAAUAAUUCUUUCUUGGUUGUGGGUAGGUGGUGCCUAUUUCUGUGUGUAACGACUACUGCUCCCCUGGUCAUCAGAAGAAAAGGAAGGAAGGGGAAAAAUUUUGCUGCUAUGAUUGUGCUCCAUGUCCAGAAGGGAAAAUUUCAGACCAGAAUGGUGUGUGACAAAGAAUUCAUUUUUAUUUUCAUAAGAGAACUUCUUUGUGCCCUAAGAUAUACUUAUUAAUCUUUGAUUACAUGCUGUUUGGAAUGUUUCUUUGUGGACUUGCAUUAUCUUCCUAAGGACAUUUUGAAAAAUGAAUGAGUUUCAAGCAAUACAUUCUGCAUUGUUUUGAGUGUAAGCUUUAAAAUAGUUAAAAUGAUCUAGUUGCAGACCUAUUUUAUAAUAUCUUAGCUGCCUAUGCUGACCCACUGAGAUUUACUUUUAAGCAAACACACAUAGUUCAAACUGUGCGUGGUUCGAAAUGUAAGUUCCACCAAUUUCACAUUUAUAAAAAUGAAUGAGUCUCAUGCUGGGAUUAUACAUUAUACAUCGAUUUGUUUGUAAGUCUUAAAAUAGUCAAACCAAUCUAGUUGCACACCUAUUUUAAAAUAUCUUAAACAGAAGAAUAUGAAUAUGGCCAAAACAAAACUAUUACAAAGUCAGCAGACAUAUGUCAACAACGCUCAUGAUGCUUAUGAUGAUGACCAUGAAAAUGUUAACGAAAUUCUGGGGGUUUUUUUUGGGGGGGAGGGACAAAGUGUGAAUAUCAUUAGUAGAUGCAGUUACAGUUCAACCGAUGGCAUGUUAGGGAGGAAAGAUAGUUCCCCUCUGAUACAGCACAUGGAAAAUUUGAGUCAAGAAUGUGUACCUCCUUUUACUGCGAUGUAGGUGGCCGGAUUUUUUGGUUCGUUUUUUAAAUGGUGUGGAUUGAUUGAGUCUGGGAAAUUCAAAGUUUUAGAAUAAUUACGCCUACUCAGCUAUAUCCUUCUGUAAAGCUUAUCAUUUUAUAACUGGAGAUGCAGAAAGUUCCAGAUAGGAAUUAGUGAAGUGAUGCUGUACCAGGAAUGUAUGUCUGGUCAACCAUUGGUUCCCAGGUAAAUAAAUUUCACUGUGCUGCACUGGGAUUUAUUCAUUUGUUUAUUAUUAAAUUUGUCAGUCUCUUUAUAUAUAUCUUUAUGGAGUUUAUUUUACAACCCAUACAAACACACUUAUCAAACUAAACAUAAAAAUAAUAAUGCCCAGUCAAAAAACAAACAAACAGCGACAGAACAAAAGACAAAAAGAUACAAAUAAAACAUAAUAACCAAUGGAAACUUAUAGAAAACAACUCGUCCACGAUAUAUAUAUAUAUUUCAACUCUUUUUUUCUUCCAAUUGACUUCCUUCAUCCUCAACAUGGUUCUCUUCUCAAUUUUUGGUAAACUGUCCCCUUUUUAGUUUUUAUAUUAUUCCUUAUUCUUUCUAUAUUAUUUCUUUCUAUAUUAUACCUUAUUCUAUGGUUUUUAAGUACCAUAAAUUAUUUUGCAGAAAUUAUUAGAAACAAGUCCAAGUAUUAAUUUGAGGGCACUGCUUUUUAAGAUAAUCUUUUCAUUUUUGCCAUUCCUUUUGAUAUUUUUGUUUGGGCUGGCCCCCAAUUGCCUCUGUCAACCUAGCCAAUUCCAUAUAAUCAAAUAAUUUGUCUUGUCAUUCUUUUUUUGUCGGUAUUGUUUCUUUUUUCCAAUUUUUAUCAAUUAGUGUUCUCACAGCCCCUGUAACGUAAAGGGGUAUUUUCUUAUUUUCUCUGGCAAUAUCUGUGUCUAAUAUCCCCAAUAAAAAAGAUUCUAUUUUCUUUAGCUCUUCGUAUACCGUAUCACAGAAGCCUUUUAUUUUAUUACAUGUCCACCACAUACGUAUGAGUGUCCCUUCUACUUUGUUACACCUCCAACACAGAUUUGAUUUUGUUUUAUACAUUUUACAUAUUUUGGUUGGUGUUAAAUACCAUCCAUAAAACAUCUCUAUUAAAUUUUCCUUUAUCACUUCACAAGCCAUAAAUUUCCAACUCUCUCUCCAUAGCUUUUCCCGUGAUGCUAAUUUGAUAGUUUUACCUAUAUCUAUAGCCCAUCUAAUCAUCACCUAUUUAACUUGUUCAUCUUUCACCUCCCACUCCAGUUUUGUUUCAUAAAUUUUAGAAAUUACUUUUGUCUUAUUUUGUAGUAGCUCUUUAUCUAGUAAUGGGAUUUCCUUUGCAAAGCCUCUUUUCUUGUCAGCCUUGAACACCUCAUUUAGUUGAUGAUACUAAAUCUACCCUGUUAGAUGAUGUCUUAUUUCCUCGCAAUCGUUUAAUAUCAGCUUGUUAUCUUUUUCUUUUAGUAGAUCCUUAAAUGUAGCCCAAUUUAAUUCCAUGUUUUUCUUUUUUACCUUCUAAGGGUGAAAUCCACCAGGGUGUCUUUGUUUCUAAUCAUUCUUUAUAUUUUACCCAUACUCAUAUAGAUUGAUGGGGGGAAGGUGAUCAGUAUAUAGAUUGAUGAGGGUAAGGUGCCAGUCUAUAUGUUCAAGCUUACCUUUGCGUAUAUAUACAUGAUAACAGCACACAUAUGGGCACUCUAGAAGGAGAUUAACACCUACAGUUCUGGUACAGUGCCUGUCUCCUAUCAACUGAACUGAGUUGGACAACAUACACACUAACAGCCUUACAGUGCUUUAAAAGUUUAACACAAACAUUUAUUUGUGACCUGACAACUUACCCGGGGGUUACAUUCAUGGAAUCACACCUACAGCCCAAAUUGUGUAUAGUUAAAAGACACAGGAUUCAAGCGUGGGUGUGAUGGCCAAAGUUCUUUUUUGCAGAUGCCCGCAGACUUUCUUCUCAUUUUCCACCCCCUUAUCUUUUAAAAAUUUGUUUGCCAUGUGUGUGAAGCAAAAUGCACCUGAGUUAAAUGUACGUAGAUUGGGGACUUAUUUUAACACUAACACUAAGUAAUUUUUAUAUUACUCCAGUUCAUUAAGAAUGAUCAGGCUAAACUCCAAAAACGGUCACAUGGGAGGCAGGGGACGUAUAUGAAUUGCAUUUGGAAUGUGACCCUUUUUUUUCUUCCAGAUAUGAAUGACUGUUUCAGAUGCCCAGAAGACCAAUAUCCAAACAGAAACAAACAUGGAUGCAUCUCCAAAACGAUCACCUUUCUUUCUUAUGAAGAACCACUGGGGAUCAGCUUAGCCUCAAUAGCUCUUUCUUUCUCCAUUGUCACAACUUUAGUGUUAUUAGCUUUUGUGAAGCACAGAGACACCCCAAUUGUCAAAGCCAACAACCGAGACCUCACCUACACUCUCCUCAUCUCUCUACUGCUCUGCUUUCAGUCUUCUUUGUUAUUCCUUGGCAAACCAGGAGAAAUAACCUGCUUUCUCAGACAACCUGCUUUUGGCAUCAUCUUCUCCAUGGCUGUUUCUUGUGUGUUGGCCAAAACUAUCACUGUAGUUGUAGCUUUCAUGGCCACCAAACCAGGGUCCAGCCUGAGGAAGUGGGUGGGGAAAAGACUGGCCAACUCCAUUGUCCUUUCCUGCUCCCUCAUUCAAGCAAGUCUUUGCACUCUCUGGUUGGCCACUACUCCUCCAUUCCCAGAUUUAGACAUGCACUCACUAAUAGAAGAAAUCACUGUGCAAUGCAAUGAAGGGUCUGUGACUAUGUUUUCCUGUGUUUUGGGCUACUUGGGCCUCCUCGCUUUCUUCAGCUUCCUGUCAGCAUUCCUGGCCCGCAAAUUACCUGACAGUUUCAAUGAAGCCAAGUUCAUUACUUUCAGUAUGUUGCUGUUUUGCAGUGUUUGGCUGUGCUUUGUCCCUACCUAUCUGAGCACCAAAGGGAAAUACAUGGUGAUGGUGGAGAUCUUCUCCAUCUUGACCUCCAGUGCUGGGUUACUGGGCUGCAUCUUUGCCCCCAAAUGCUACAUUAUCAUUCUGAG